UGAGAACCUAUAACUUGGGACCAAUAUCUCUCUACAAAGCUUGUAAAAUGUCUAAAGACGGGUUCAAAAACGUUGAGGCAUGUGAAUCCAAGAUAGUCAACACGACAAACCAGAAUUUGUUCGGUAGAUAUUGGGGAGAAGAUGCGGAAAUAGCUCAGCCAAGUGGUCUAGUAUUUAUUAGUCAUGGUGCUGGGGAACAUUGUUUAUGGUAUAAUCAACUUGCUACUCAACUCACAGACAAAAAUUUAUUUGCAUUUGCACAUGAUCACAUUGGUCAUGGACAAAGUGAUGGAGAUAGAGUACAUAUAGAUGAUUUUGAUAUUUAUGUCAAUGACGUGUUUCACCAUAUUGAGAUUGUACAGAAAAAAUUCCCUGAUGUCCCUACAUUUAUUAUUGGUCACUCAAUGGGAGGUGCUAUAGCCAUUAUGGCAGGGUUAAAGAGACCAAAGUUUUUUAAAGGUGUUGUAUUAAUAGCUCCAGCUAUAACUCCCAGUCCUGAUGCUGUACAGCCCUGGAAGAUUACUAUGGGUAGAUUUUUAUCACGAUUGUGUCCCCAGGCUCCUAUUUUAAAACUUGACCCUAAUAAUGUAUCUAGAGACGAGGCAGUGGUAAAUAGAUAUAAAGAAGAUCCUUUAGUUCAUCAUGGUGGGCUAAAAGCAAAAUGGGGAUUAUGUAUGAUAAAUACACUGAAGUAUAUAGAAGAUAAUCUCUCAACAAUAACAUUCCCAUACCUUAAUCUACAUGGUGAUCAAGAUAAAUUGGUGGAUAUUCAGGGAUCAGAAGAUAUGCAUGAACAUUCUACCAGCUCAGAUAAAACUUUUAAAAAAUAUGAGGGAUAUUAUCAUCAGCUUCAUAAUGAACCUGGGGAAGAUGGUGCUGGAGUUCGACAAGAAAUUGUAACAUGGAUCACAGACAGAUUACCACAUUAA